AUGGAUCAAUUACGUCCGGUUCCAGGUUCAAAUCAUGCAAAAGCGAAAACGUUCGUUCAACGAGACCUGCAGACGUGUUCACACGUGUUCCUAAGGGAUGAUAACAUUCGACCUUCCUUGAAAUCACCUUAUGACGGACCAUACAAACUGAUACAGCGUGAUCGUAAGCUUAUUACCAUUUUAAUCAAAGACCGACCUGUCCAAGUGAGCAUUGAUAGAGUGAAGGCGGCUUACUUGUUGAAUGAAGAAAUCGAAUCAAACACACAGUUGUCACGAUAUAUUUCACUUCAGUCAAGUCCAGAUGCACAACCUAUACGAAGACCUCAGCAGGAGCUCAACUCUGGUCAUAGCGCAUCCAGUGGCAGAGUUAUUCGAUUACCUGUCAGAUUUUUGACAUAG